AUGUCUUUACUGGCGAAUUUCAGGAACUUUUUCAUGAAAAACAAUUUCGAUUUUGAUGCUCCAGAAAUCACGUUGUACAGUUUUCACCCCCAGCUUCGCGUGUUUCUGGCCGCCAUGGGGAUAUUCUUUAAUAAUCGUGAAUCUCGUGUCAGAUUCUUCUGGCCGAUCAUAUGCGUCAGUCUUGCGAUUGUUGCCGUCACCUUGGAGAGCAUUUUCGUUCACCACUUCGUCAUGAUAAAGAAUUAUUCGGAUGCCACCGAGUGCUUCUGCUAUUUCGUGUUACUUGGCAUCAUCCCUUUUAUAUACGUCACCGUGUUAUACAACAAGGAGAAAAUUCUAGAACUGGUUGAAGAUAUGAAUGAGGAUUUCGUCUAUAUUUCCAAGCUCACGCCAAAAUACAGGGAUAGUUUUUUUCAGGGUCACCUGCUGAUCUAUAAGUUAUGCUACGCGUGGCUGGCCUUUACUAGCGCGAUCGCAAUCAUGUACAUCAGUGGAACCGUGGGUCCACUUCUCUGGAUGAGCCUCAUAGCCGCACAGCAUGAGAACAGUGUCAGGCCCUUGAUGUUCCCUAUGUGGUUACCAGAAGACGACCCUUAUAGAACCCCGAACUAUGAAAUCUUCAUGGCUUUUCAAAUAAGCUUCUGUUUUAUUUAUAUCCAAACGUUUUGCGUGUACGUGUACACGGAAUUCCAUAUACUGCUACACUAUUACAAUUUGAUGGAAUUGGUGAUCAUGGAUUUCCAUGUAAUCUUCGAGGGCCUGGACGAAGCCGUAGUAGAUCUAGUUCGCGCGGACCCACGACGGGUUAACGUACAACACGCAUUGAACAAAAGGAUGGGCCGCAUUGUACGAUGGCAUCUGUCUAUUUUUAAAGCUGUUAACACAGUGUCAUCGGUUUAUGGACCUCCUCUUGUGUACCAAGUGAUGUUCACUGCUAUAGCCCUAUGCUUGAUGGGUUAUCAAAUAGCAGAUAAACUUGACCAUGGAAAGUUUGACAUUCUGUUUUCGAUGCUGUUUGUGGGUGCCUUAGUUCAAUUGUGGAUUCCGUGCUACCUCGGCACUAUGAUCAGAAAUAAGGGAUUUGCCAUAGGAGACGCGUGUUGGAACUGUGGCUGGCACGAGACCUCUCUGGGCCGAAUGUUGCGCAGCGACAUCAUCAUAGUGAUGCAUCGCUCUCAGCAGCCAGUCGUCAUCAAGUUCACUGGACUGCCGCAUCUUCAAUUGGAAACCUUCUCAUCCAUUGUGAGCUCAGCAUACUCCUAUUUCAACAUGUUGCGGCAAUAUAAUGCUGAAGUGUAAAUAAAACAUUUUAUGAAAGUAUCACAUAGGCUUUGGUGUUUAAUAUUUAUUUAUAAAUGAUAAAACCUACUUGAAUUCCU